AUCUUCUCCAAAUAUCUAAAUAUCUUCUAUCAAUUCAUAAUCCAAUCCCCCACUACCCUUCAUCCAUCCAUCAGAUGGUAUCAGAGCAGGUUCAAUCCUGGAAACCGUUCGAAGAUGCCGUGAACCGAUUCAUGGCGAAGCUUCAAGAGAACGCCGACCGGUAUGUGCUCUGGUUAAGAGAACACGAGCUCGCAUCAACCUGCAACGCGUUCCCCACCACGGCGCUAGCACCAACCCCUUCCACCGGGAUCGAACGUGGCAUCCAAGUCAACAAACCGCUCCCAGGUGCAGCUUCCGCGAAGGCCCAGCCGGCCGUGGAGGAGCUUGUGGUGCAGCCAACAGCGAAAAAACCCUCGCCACAGGAGGUGGAAGAACCGUCCACCGAGGAGACUGCGGCUGCCGAUGCGCCCAUCUUCGGCGCGGCUGAAAGCCAGCCAGUCGUGGCCGGAGAGCUUGAGAUCACUAUCACGGACAACAUUGCAAUAUCCACCACCACACCGUCAUUGAGGCCUGGGAUAGCGACCACUAAAGCAGCAGCAUCCGGGAGUGAGGGCGCCGUCGUAGAGGUGGGGAAAGAAGAUCAUUACUGCUGUUGCCUACUUGCCUUGCUGCUGUGAAGUCUAGGAGCUCAAGAACAACACGCGCGGAUACAUGGGCUAAUGAUACAUGGGCUUCCAAGAAUUGGUCGCAAGCUCUCAAUGAACAACAUAUAAUUGGCUGUUUUUCAUUGGGGUACAAGUUUGUUAUCUCGAAGAAAGAAGCCUUGCACCAAUCAUUGAGGUGGAAAUUUUUGUGGCUUUGUGCUUGGAAGAUCAAAAGGAAAGUGGAUGAUGAAGGAAGUCGCAUUCACCAAGUGUCUACUAUUUUAGUUUUGGUAUUUAGUUAUUGUAGGUUUAGAAUAAAAUGUCAUAAGUUAG